AAUUCAAAAGCAAAUUCAGCAUCCAUGCCUUUCAGGCCCAAUCAACCAUUCUCAGUACAACGAUGCAACUUACCGCUCAUAUAUUUCAACAAGCUCACACGCCUCGGGACGUUAUCGAGAGCCAAUUUCUGCCAGAGAGUCCCGUUCAUCCGCAGCUUCAUCACGUCAAGCAAUACCAAGUUAUGAUGACAAGGACGGGCAUUACAUUGUCAAGAUUGGUGAUGAAUUGGGGAAUCAAAUAACUCACUUGUUGGGGCAAGGAACUUUUGGAAAAGUAGUUCAAUGUUGGGAUCGUGUUAACAAUCGUCACGUCGCAAUUAAAAUCAUUCGCGCCGUGCAAAAGUAUCGUGAUGCGAGUAAGAUUGAAAUUCGAGUGCUUAACACUUUGAAAGAUCGAGAUCCUUCCAAUGUGCA